GUUAGAAAAUUUGAGAUAAGAGAUCAAAACAAAUUUUAAAAUUAUUUUGACAAGCAGACCGACGUCAGUAUCUCUAUCAACGGUAUUUAAUGCUAGUGAUACAUAUAAAGCACGGAUUAUAAUAUACAGAAGACAUAGCCCUACACGUAAAUGAUAGCAUGGUUUGGCGUCCGUUUAUACGACAUUUGACCCAGUCCAGUGUCCGUCUAAAUGACCAGUGUGGGAGACUCAACAGUACGUGGACAGUGGGCAUCCUUGUCCUGUUUGCGGUGUUGACGUUUUUCAUCCAGAUUCCCUAUGACGAUGCAGUCAGCUGUUGGACACCCACUGAUUUCACUUACGCAUUGAUAGUAUAUACAAACAAAAUAUGUAGCCACUCUGGUGUCCAUUAUCUGCCUGUGACCAAGGAUAUUCCGAAUAUGGGACACACGGGACGAGAUGCAUUGCAGUUCAAAUGGCGAUGGCUACCACUUAUCCUCCUCGUGCAAGCACUGCUGUUCAAACUUCCUGAUAUUGUCCUAUCGGUAGGACAGGGUCUAUUGGGAUUCAGGUUUACCAAGAUAUCAGGACUUACAGAUGGCUACGAGACACUUAAUAUGGCCGACCGAACCAUAAUGGGGAGACAAGUUGGAAGGCAUUUGAAGAGCUGGAUAGACUCGACUGUAUCGAAAGGUUGUCCAUGGGGAUGGCUGACCUUGCUCAUUCUCUUCACCAAACUUCUAUACUUCAUCAACAUCAUCACACAAUUAUCUGUCAUGGAUGGUAUUCUGAAAUCUGAUAACCAGUCUUCUUUUGGAAGACAAAUGUUUGAUAACAUUAUCGGGGGAAAUCAAAGCGAAUUUCAUACAUUUGAUUCUCCAUUCAGCCGCAUAACGUUGUGUUCUUUUCAAAUUAAUCAGCUGCAAGCAUUACAAAGAUGGACCGUGCAGUGUAUCCAUAAUAACAUAGCAUACUACGAGAUGAUUAUGUGUUUCCUAUGGCUGUGGUUCGUUGUGGUAUCGGUAAUAACUACGACCAGUGGAUUAGUACAGAGUUUAACAGUAAUAAUGCCAGUCUUUAGGAACCGAUACAUCAAGAGUUACCUGUAUAUGUCAAAGGAAGUGUCCCCAUCCCCAUCAGACAACGAUAUUGGCAGGUUUGCGGGGUCAGAAAUAACAGAGGACGGUGUGUUUGUAUUGAAAGCGAUUGGGGAGGCAUCAUCUGAACACCUGGUCAGGGACGCCGUCAUCUAUCUGUGGCAUUCCACACAUGAUCAACACAGCUCUGUUCCUCAGGGACCAUCAGAACACGUUGGUCCUCCGUCAUACUUACCAGGGUCGUUAGUACCGGGUCAGGCUUACGGGCCAGGAGAUACUACAUCACCCACGCGAUACCGAACUCAGACGGGUACUGAGACUGUCCCUCUACCGGCAAACCAACCAAAGUGAACAUUCCUUAGUGUAUUAUAUACAUCAACUUUAUAUCUUAUGGUUGUCGCUACAUCUCGGUUAAUGCAUGUAUAAGGUCACUGCUUUAUAAAUACAUAAACACUAAAACAUUGCACCAAUAUAAUUAUAUGUUUGAAUCUGGGAUGUAAUUAAUACACUGAUGAGCUCUAAGGCUUUAUUAAUCAUGCUUUGCAUUUUUAUGAGUAGAUGUUUGACUUUAUUGCUGAAAAAGUAUAUUCUAGACAUGCAUUUGAAAUGUGAUCUGAUACAAAGAUGACACUGACAACCUAGCUAUCAUAUGAAGUAUAUCUGAAUCAUGAAUAAAUGUACAUCGACAUAAAGAAAAUGGCAUAUUAACUCUAAAGCUAUUAAUCUAUGCACAAUACAGAAUGUUGUAUCUCUAAUUAAGGUAUUUUAAAACUAAUUUUGCAGAUUAAGAUUUGUGUGGAAUGUGGAAUGAUUUCAUCUGGAGUUAACGGAUAACGUAGAGGGAUAUCCUCUCUACCUUCUUUUGUUAAGAAACACUAUUUUCUUUUCACAUUAAUGACAAAGUGUGAAUCAUAACAUUAUGCACCUCUAAUCUAAUGCUAACUUAAAGAAUAGGUGAAUUGGUUAUUAAGUUAUUGAAUUAUCAUAUGUGGUACUAUGAACGUGGAAUAUAGACAAAACAACAAUAAAUCUUCGAUAAGAAAUAUAUGUCAUCACUGAAAUCUUAAUGGCGAAAUAGCUUUUGUUGUACGUUAAUUCAUUCUAAUGUUGUUCCUUAAUUCAUUCUUAUGAUGUACGUUGAUGCACUCUGAUGAUGUACGUUAAUUCAUUCUGAUAAUGUACUUUAAUUCUGGUAACGUACAGUACGUUAAUUAAUUCUGAUGAUGUACGUUAAUUCAUUCUUAUGGUGGACGUUGAUUCACUCUGAUGAUGUAUUUUAAUUCAUUCUUAUUAUAUGCUUUAAUUCUGAUGGUGUAUUUUGAUUAAUUGGAACAGACUGAAUUUAUUAAUACAUUUAUAUUUAGAAGUGUUAUUCGUUGUAGUGAUUUUUGUACAUUCCUAUGAUCAGUAUCGUCGGAGACCCACGUUUGCUUGCACUACGCUACGCUACAGUACUAAUGAUACGCGUCAAUUAACCGUGGGUGUCCGACGAUGAUGCUCAGAGAUAAACAGUAGAUAGAAAGGCAGCUUUUGGAUUAAUUGUUACAUUACAUGUAGUAGUUUGUUGAUUUGCGAUGGAGUGAGUGACGUCAUAAAUAGAAAAUUGAAUAGAUAUCAAGAAGGAUGAAAGAAGUGUUAAUAGUGGGGUUUUUUUCUCACUUUUGGCGUAUACUGCAUAUAUUACUAAAUUCAUAUUUCGCUGACCUUAUGUAACGUUUUAGCCCACAUAAAUCUAAAUAAAAGCGGUAAAUCAG